AUGAUGCGAGCGGACAACCCAGACGAUGGGCUCGGCAGCUCGGCGCCACCGCAGAUCGAGCAGUUCAUCGCACACACCAACAAGCUCCAACAGCGAUACCAGUCCUUCCUCGACGGCACCACACCGUAUCCGCUCCAACGAUGGGGAGCCACCGCGGGCCUGCUCUUCCUCUUCAUGCUCCGCAUCGUGCUCUCCCAGGGAUGGUACAUCGUGUGCUACGCGCUCUUCAUCUACCUCCUCAACCUCUUCUUGGCGUUCCUCACGCCCAAAUUUGACCCCUCCUACGAGCAGGAUCUGGCAGAGCAGGAUGUGGAAGAGGGCGAACCCGGGCUACCCACCUCCGCCUCGGCAGCAGCAAAGGGUCCCAGCGGCGGCGGCGGAUUGAUGAGCGGCGUCUUCGGUGGCAGCCUCAACGGUCAGAGCACAGACGACGAGUUCCGUCCUUUCAUCAGGCGUUUGCCAGAGUUCAAGUUCUGGCACUCGGCCACCCAGGCCAUCGUCAUCUCCAUCUUCUGCACCACCUCCAGCGCCUUCGACAUCCCCGUCUUCUGGCCCAUUCUGUUGAUGUACUUCUGCAUCCUCUUCACCAUCACCAUGAGGAGGCAGAUCAAACAUAUGAUCCGCCACAAGUACGUCCCCUUCGAUCUUGGAAGGAAGACUGUCUACGGACGCAAGUGA